UCAAAAUGUUUGAUUUUAAAGUAAAUACUUUGAAUAUUAAAACUUUCAAUAUUUUAAUAUAAUUCUUAUCUUAAUAAUUUUUUAAUAAAAAAGUAUAAUUUGUUUCGAUCAAAAUGUCGAGUUACUCUAUAGGACGUAGAUCAUCUACGAAUCCUGUAAGAAUAUCUCUACUUGAUAGAGAAGAUAAAAGCUUAACAAGAACAGAAUCUAGAAGAACACAAACAUUAAAACCAAAAAAUUCUAUUUCUUCAGUUGAAAAUUCUCAUAUUCCAAGACCUCGAAUUCGGGCUUCUUCUUGUGAUAGAAUAAAUAUCAAAGGAUCAUUAUUAAAACCAACAGGUAAAACUUCAUUUUGUCAUGUACCAACAACUCCAAAUACACCAAAUAUUGGCAAAUCUUCCAAUCAUCAUACAAUUGGAAGUUCAAAUAAAAUUCAUGCAGGACUUCCUACAGGCCGUAGAUCUUUAUCAGCUGAUCGUGCUAGCAAUAUUGGUGCAAAAGGUUCUAGGAAGGAUACAAGACCUUUAACAGACAAGACAUAUCAGACUUAUAUGCUUAAUAAAAUUGAUAAUUUUCUUUCUAUAAAUCAUUGUUCUUCGAUGGUUAAUACUAAUAACAGUUUUAAACCAGUUACUUUGAAAAUGUUUGUUGAAGUUUCUGCAUAUUUAUUAAAAAUAUUAGAUAUUAAACAAAUUCUAACAAUUUCCAAUUAUGUGGAAGAAUUGCCAAAAAUUGCAAAAAAACUGCAUUAUCCAGGAAUAAUUAACAAAUCUUGGUUAAAAACUGCUAAUGCUAUGCAUUCCUGGCCAAAUGUUUUGGGUUGGAUAUGCUGGUUAGUAGAAAUUUGUGAAAUAAGAAAGAUAGCUCUUGAAAAAUAUAAUUUAAAUAAUUUAUCAUUUAUGGGAAAUGAACAAGAAGCUAAAAUUAAUAAAAAUGCUUUUUUUUCAAUGUUGAAUUUUUAUAAUGCCUGGAAUGAUGAAAAACUUGAUGAGGAAGCAUCAAUGGUAGAAAAAUAUUUACAAGAAAUUGAAGAACAACAAGGUAUAAGUGAAGAAAAUUUGAAUAAUGCACGUUCUGAACUAGAAAAAGAAAUGCUUAAACAGCAGGAAGCUGAAGAAAAUUUAAAUAAAAUAAACGAAGAAGUUAAACAUCUACAGGAAGUAUUUUUAUCUUUGCAAAAUGAUGAAACAAAGCAAUUGAGUGAUAUCAGUGCAAAAGAGGAAUAUAUAAAAACAAUUAAUUUUGAAACAGAUCAAUUAAAUGCUGAAUGUAAUAUAUUGAGUGAACAAAUUUGUUUACAAAAAAAACAGCAUGAUGAAUUACUUUCUACAAUUAAACAACAACCAAUGUCUAAAAUAGAAAGGGAUAAAAUUUUAGAAAAAUGUACAGAAAUUCAAAAUUAUAUACAUCAGUUUGAUGAACACUUAAAAGAAAUACAAAAAGAAUUAUAUACAAUGGAUAUUAAAUUGGCAUUUAAUAAUAAUGAAAUAACUAAAUCAGUACUAACAUAUAAUAAUGAAAUAUUUAUGCAUUUUAGUGGUAAUAUAGAUAUAAAUUUAGAAGAAUUAAAGAUGCCAGAAAAAGGUAUAUUGAAACCUGAAAUUAUGGAAAUAUUAAAAGUUAAAGCUAAUUUAAUGAAUGAUUUGAAAGAAUUAUUGAAAUCAGAAAUUAUUGAAAAAGAACGUUCAUCAGAAACAAAUUUUAAUGAAUUAGAAAAUUUACAGGAGAAAAUGAAAACUUUAGAAGAUGAAAAUAGUGACAUUAUUAAUAAAAUUAAAGAAAAAAAAAGUCUUAUAAAUAAAAUUAAAACUGAUGCAAAACACGAAGAAACAAAAUUAAGAGAACAAAUAAAGAAAUUGCAAAAUGAAAUUAAGGAAAUUCAAGAUUCAAUGCCAAAUACACAAGAACUUGCUGCAGAAUUAGAAGAAACAGGAGAUAAAUUAGAUGCAGUUCAGAGAAGAAAAGCAUAUAUAGAGGAAUCUGCUAAGCUAUUUUUUGAUAAGUUUUAUGAAACAUUAGGAGAGCACAGAAAUGAAGUUUAUAAUAUAUUAACAAAACUUAAUAAUAUGAAUUUUGUCCAUAUUGAUUGGAAACCAGUUGUCAGGUUUUAAUAUUUAUUUAACAUAAAAAAUAUAUUUUUUUAUUAUUUUAGCAUAAUGAGCAACAAAAUAAACGCUGCUAGUAAAAGUAUUGCUAUAUCUAAUAAAAAUAUAUUGGAAAAUAACCAUUAUUUGCCUCCUUCUGGACUUUCUUCAGAAGGUCUUUGUGAUUGUAAUAAACAAAUUGAAAUAAUUGUGAAAGCUAAAGGCCUUAAACGUAAAUCAACAAUGGUUAUGAGCAAUCCAACUAGUCAUAAAAGUAUAGAAGAAAAAAAAAGACCUGGUAAUAGUGGUGAUAUCCACCAAAGCUGGGGUAAAGCUUUAAUAGAACAAAAUAAAGCAGUUAUAAAACAAGGUUUACAACAAUUUCAGACAAAAACAACAGGUUCAAAAUCAUUAAAACAUAGUAAUGAAACUAAAGAAAUUAAGAAACAUUCCUUAAAUCAUCAAAAACCAAAUCAUAAACAUUUAGAUGAAUUGCCUAUUAAACAAUCAGCUUCUCAAAAAAGGAUAGAAGAACAUAUAAAAUCUAUACCACGAACUACAAAUCCUUCAAGUACAUCAAUUCCAAGUACUGUGGAAUCUAUUAUAGUUUAUGAUAAAGGUGUGCAAUGUGAUGGAACACUUGAUUAUUUUGAUGAUAGAUUUGGUGUUUUUAAUCCAAUUCGUACAUUACAUUUUUUAAUAAAGGAAUUAGAACAUUUGGUUAAAGACGAUAAAGCUAAUAAGAUUCUUACUAAUAUGGAACAAGCAUUAUUAAGAAUAUCAAUGGAACCUGAUAAACUACCUAUUGUGCAGGAGUUAGAAACCAAAUCAGAAACAACUAGACAAAUGAGUUUAAUGUGUGAUGCAUUACAAAAUGAAAGAGAUUCUUUAGUGAGACAAAAUCAGGAAAUAUGCUCUUUAUUGCACGAAAAUCGUGAAAAGCAGUUAGAUCUUGAAAAAACUGUAAAAACAUUAAAACAAGAACUAGAAGAAACUGUUAAAAUCAGAGAUAAAACGAUAAUUGAAUUAAAAGAAAAGAUUAAAAAUUAUGAAUUUUCGCAAAAAAUUAUAUCAGACUUAAGAACGAAUCUCGCUGAACAAAAGGAACUUUUAAGUCAAAGAUAUUUAGAAGUACAAUGUAUAACUCUUGAAAAAGAUAAAUUCUCAGCUCUAUCAUUAUAUAAAGAUUCUUUAUUAAAUGAUCUUCGUAAUCAAAUCAAGGAAUUACAAAAUUGUAUCGCUGAUCAAUUAUGUAAUUUAAAAGAUAGUUAUAUUCAAGAAGAAUGUCCAAAUCCACAAAUUUCAUUAGUACAUGGAGGUCGUGUAUGUUCAUCACCUACUUCUACUUCUUCACGUGAUUCAAAUAUACGUACCUCUUGGCAUGAUAUAUCCGAUAUUUCUUUAUCCACGGAUCACAAUCCGUCUAAAAUUAAAAAUGUACAAGAUUUAUUACAUAUGUCAGAUAAAAUUCCAGCUUUUUUAGAAAUCCAAAGCGAGACUUCACAAAAUAAACGAACUAAGAAUAUUAAGGAAGCUUCAACCAAAGAUUCCGCAAAUUUAGACUUUAUUAGUUUACCUGCUGGAGAAUCUUCACUUACACUUUUACCUUCUUAUAAAGAUCUUGGCUGCACAGAGAUCAGUAAAUCUGUUAAUAAAGGGGAUGGUGAUGUAAUAACAUUUAGUAAUAAAAAAAAUGAUAAUUUAGAUAAUUUUAAAAGUACUAAUAAAAUACCAUCAUUGGAACAUUUAAAUUAUUCUCAAAAAAAAGAAACUGAUAUAAAAGAAUCAAGUAGAAUUAAAAAGUCUUUAGAAUCAAAUAAAGAAGAAAGUUCUGAAAAAAAAUCUAUUGUAAACGAAGAUAAUGCUAAUAUUUUAAAAGAUAAUUUGACUCAUAAUUUAAUAAGCUCUACUAUAACAGAACAAUUUCAAAAUAUAUUCCAAGAUAUAAGAAUUCAAAGUAGAAUGCCUGUUAAGGUACCCAGUCCACCAAGGAAUUAUCCUAAUCCUGAAUGGAGUGAUAGUACUUUACCCAGUAUCAGUACUGUUUCAGGGAUAUAAAUGUGAUAUAAAUUUUUUUUCUCAUUGACAUUUUAAGCUUAUAUUAAAUCUUUUGUAAAAGAAUCUUAUUGUGCAGUCAUAUUUUUUAUCAAAAUAGAUGAUUUUAAAAGAUUUAAAAAUUAAAUUAUAUUUUUAUAAUUUCAACAUGAUAUAAUAGUAUAUUUUUAAAUAAUAAUUUAUAAAAAAUAUAGAAAAUAUAUAUUAUAUCAAUUAUAUUGAUUUCUAAUUCAAAGUGUAUUUUUCCUCUAAUAUAUGUAUAUAUUCAUGUAUAAAUUUCAUUUGUAAAUUUAAAAUUUAUACAAAUUAAUAUAUUAUCUAUAAAAAAAAAAAGAAAAAAAGAUGAUUUUAAAUACAAAUGUUAUUACAAGUUUAUAGUCGAGAAAGCCUCUAAUGUUUGCAUGUAAUUUAAAAGUUACAUGCAUUAUAUAAGUUAAAAAACUCUCAUAGGGUAACAGAAAUAUUAAUAUCAAAGUAU